UUCACAACCAAAUCCACUGAGCAUACACACACGUCACUUCCGUAUAUUUGUAUUUUAUUCAUUUCUCUGUACUGCACAGGUUUUAUAGGGCUAUUCUAUUUUCUUUUUUUUAAAUUUAUUUCAUGACCUGCCCAAAAUGGCGGAACAGGCACGACGUUUGAAAACAGGAAGCGGGACACUCUUUGCGCACGCGCAGUGUGUUUCCCGUGCUCCCUGUAAAGAUGUCUGAGCGGCGGGGAGGGAGAGAGCGGAGGAUCAGAAACAAGAGGACAGAACCACAGACUCUACGCUACUUAAACAGACAAGACCGAUGACGUCAUUCUGAAGAGGAGCUGAAAUGUCCAAUGACAGCCAGGGAUCGGUGAAGGGGGAGGUGGCCAUAAUUGCCUCUCCCUCCGGCUCCGCCUCCUCUCAGGGACCUCCCCUUUCUCCGUCCAAACCACCUGAGCUGCCAGAUGAACUGGUGCAGGCCGGGUGGUCUAAGUGCUGGUCUCGGAGGGAGAACCGUCCAUAUUAUUUUAACAGAUUCACCAAUCAGAGUCUGUGGGAGGUGCCGGUGCUGGGUCAGCAUGACGUCAUUUCUGAUCCUUUAGGUCUCAAUGCGGCCCCUGCAGAGGGGGGGGACAGUAACCUUGGUAACGGCCAGAGGAAGAGGAGGAUCUCUGAGGAGCAGGGGGCAGGGCCUAACAGCAUCAAACGACCCAAGGUGGAGCCCACUACACCCAUUUCUCCCAGCACCCCCGGGGUUAAACCCUGGAGCUCCGCCCCUGAGGACAAACAGGCCCCGCCAGCCACGCCCACAACUCCAAGCCCUGCCCCCGCUCCCUACAGACCAGCUGUGAUCUACUGGGAUCUGGAUGUCCAGACCAAUGCUGUAAUCAGAGAGCACCCCCCUGCCAACCACCUGCCCCCCCACCCUGAGAUUGAGCUGCAGAGAGCUCAGCUGGUCACCAAACUCCGGCAGCACUACCAAGAACUGUGCCACCAGAGAGAAGGUAUCGAACCGCCCCGGGAGUCGUUUAACCGCUGGCUGCUUGAGAGGAAAGUGAUCGACAAAGGUCAGGAUACUCUGCUGCCGAGUGACUGUGACCCGGUCGUCUCCCCCUCCAUGUUCAGGGAGGUCAUGAACGACAUUCCCAUCAGGUUGGCCCGUAUUAAGUACAAAGAGGAGGCCCGGAAGCUUCUGUUUAAAUACGCUGAAGCCGCCAAGAAGAUGAUCGAGUCCAGGAAUGCCAGUCCGGAGAGCAGGAAGGUGGUGAAGUGGAACGCUGAAGACACCAUGAGCUGGCUGCGCCGAGAUCACUCCGCAAGCAAGGACGACUACAUGGACCGUCUCGAGCACCUGAGGAAGCAGUGCGGCCCCCACCUCACCGCCGUCGCCAAAGACUCUGUGGAGGGAAUCUGCUCCAAGAUCUACCAGCUCUCUGUGGAGUACAGCCGCAGACUGAGGCAAACACACCUGGCUUUGCUGCCGGACCCCCCCGCAGAGGUGAGUGCGUCCCCCCCCCAGCAGCAGCGGUUGGUGUACUGUUACCCGGUGCGUCUGGCCCCCCCUGCGCCGCCCCUCCCCCGCGUGGAGCUGCACUUUGAGAACGAUGUGGCCUGCUUGCGCUUCAAAGGGGAGAUGGUGAAGGUCAACAGAGGUCACUUCAGCAAACUGGAGCUGUUGUACAGGUACAGCUGUAUCGAUGACCCUCGCUUUGAAAAGUUCCUUACCAGAGUCUGGUGCCUCAUGAAGAGAUACCAGGUGAUGUUUGGCAGCGGCAUUAAUGAGGGGACGGGCCUGCAGGGGGCGCUGCCGGUCCCGGUGUUUGAGGCGUUGAUGCGACAGUUCGGAGUUUCCUUUGAGUGUUUCGCCUCACCACUCAACUGCUACUUCAAACAGUUCAGCUCCGCCUUCCCCGACACCGACGGGUACUUUGGAUCCAGAGGGCCGUUCCUGUCUUUCUGUCCGGUCAGUGGCUCUUUCGAGGCCAACCCUCCCUUCUGUGAAGAGCUGAUGGACGCCAUGGUGAAACACUUUGAGGGGCUGUUGGAGAAGUCUUCUGAGCCGCUGUCCUUCAUCGUGUUCGUCCCGGAGUGGCGGAACCCAGUGACUCCGGCUCUGACCCGGAUGGAGGCCAGUCGGUUCCUCCGGCACCAGAUGACCGUAACGGCGUACGAACAUGAGUACCGCUCCGGGAGCCAACACAUCUGCAAGAGAGACGAGAUGUACUACCGGGCGGUCCACGGUACUGCAGUACUGUUCCUUCAGAACGACGCUGGUUUUGCUAAGUGGGCUCCAACCCCGGAGCGCCUGGCUGAGCUAACGGCAGCGUACCGGCCCUCCCCGUCCCACCCCACCUCCAUGUCCUCUCCUGGCCCUGCCAACACCGCCUCCAUAGAGAAAGACUCCGCGCCUAAGCCGGCUGAUAGGCCGCAGAGUGCUGUGAUGUCACCAGGUGGCACCGAUGAUGACAACAAUAACAACAACAACAACAACAACACGAACAGCAGCAGCAGCAGCAGCAGCAGCAGCAGCAGUCCUGUAGAAAAGAUGGCCGCUGUGUAGAAGGGCGGGCCUUGUAUUGUGCCCCCCCCCCCCCACCUGUGUACAGUUUUCCUGUUUUACUACGUUUGUUUGUUUUGCUCGUCGUCUCGUGUCUUCAGAUUGUCCCUCACCAGCACCUGUAGCAUUUGUCCACGUACCCACAUGCCAAUCUGCAGCUGCCAGCAGGAGGGGGGGGUGGUCACUUAACCCGCCCCUUCCUUCAUCAGCUGUUCUGAUUGGUCGAAGCUCUGACAUCACGUCGCCUGGAGCGUAUGUUCAUGUCCAGGUGUUGCUCAGCACCAAGCAGCCAAUGAGAUGUCGGAGCUCCAGCAAUAAAAAUAUUGUCGCUCAGCUGUGAUGUGAUUGGUCCCCCCACCGACAGGGCUUGGUGAUUGGUUGACAAAGGCAGCUAUAGUUUCUAUUGGACUCGUCUUCAAGCCCUGCCUCCCCGGGAAGGCCUGGCCAAUCGGCGCACAUCUCUCAGAGGAGGUGCAUUGUGGGACACGGAGUCAGCACUUCCCGGGUCUCAGUCGGACUUUAGGUCUUCCUGACGGGGAGACGGCAGAAUAAUUAACGUGUGAGACGGGACUCGAACCGGUCAGAGAGGACCGACGUCUCUUCAGGAGAGCCUUCCGGAUUUAAAAAAUAUAUAUGUUUCAGUGUCACGGAGCGCUGUUCGACACAACACUGCUUCCUCCCCAAACCACUCUUUACUUCACAGGUACUAUUACACCACACAGAUCCACAGUGAAAUCACAUUACUGACGGCCAUACGCUGAUAGAUAACCGAUUAAAGACCAUUUAAAUUCAUCUUUCUCUCAACAGUUAAAAGGACUUUUCUGAAACCACUCUUAAUUUAGUAAUUUUGUAGAACAUGAAUUCCUCUGGUUGGCGGACUCUUCACACUGUCUUCUGAUUGGCCCACUGUCUCCGGUCACUGUCCUCUGAUUGGCUGACUGACUACAGGUGCUCUCCUCUGAUUGGGUAACUGUCACUGGGUUCUCUCCUCUGAUUGGGUAACUGUCACUGGGUUCUCUCCUCUGAUUGGGUAACUGUCUCUGGGAGCUGUCCUCUGAUUGGCUGACUGUAGAUACUGUACAGUUAAACUGAUGAUAUGAAGUCUGUUGAUAUUUUCCUCAUCUGCUUUUAAAUUGAUUGAAAAAACAAAUGUUAUUGUCCUCUUUUUUAUUUUAAUUAAUUUAACAUUUUUAAAAAGAGAUGGAAAGUGUUUUCUGUAUGAUACAGUUUAUGAUAGUUUGUUUUAAACUAAACCAAAGUGUUAUUAAGAAAAUCUAUAUUACCUUGUAUGUAAAAGUGUGUAUGCGUCAGUCUAACAGCAUUAUUUUUAUAAUUCUCCGCCCUCCUCUCUCUGUUUUUAUGCUUUGUUGUUAUUUUGGGUUUUUGUUGUGCAUGAAAACUUUUGGACAAAAUCAUCCUGAAUGUUUUUCAGACGGGUGUUUGCCGCCGGGCCAACGACACAUUGGGUUAUAGCUCCAAAAACAGGACAUUUAAUCUCCAUCGUUUCAUACCACAUGGCAUACUGCAGGGGUUAUAAAGCAACUGGUAACACAUGCUCAAUGUUAUAACACCUGAGGUCUUCAUCUGUGCACGGUCUGUUUUGAGAAAAACACUCCAUGUUACCGAGCUGAUUUUACCUUCAACAUUAAAUGGACAUUGUUGAUGUUAUACAUAUGUGUAUGAAUGAAGACAGUGUGGUUAUUACAUAUUGCAUGUGUUAUAACAAUUAGAUUUAAUAAAAAAAGUGCAACACGUUUUA